UCUCGGAUGAGACGCAUCAGCCGCGCUCUGCGUGUUCAUCCUCAGCGCGCACUUUCCGAUGGAUUUUAUAUGUGGGGAUAAAAUAUGAUUUGCUAUUAUAAAGCACGGAUCCCAGCGCUGCAGGGACGUAGUGCAUGAUUCGAGCUCUGCACCGCUUACGGAGUCUACCUUUCUCCGGUGGGACACACGGCGCCUGUGCUAUGUAUGUGCGAGGAUUCGCUUUUAUCGGAGCCCUUGGAUGAGCACUUCGGCUGAGCUAGUAUGAUAGCCGUCUCUUUCAAAUGCCGAUGCCAGAUACUGCGGAGAGUGAACAAAGAUGAGUUUAAGGGCACCAGCACUGUGGAGCUGAUCAAGAAGGAAGGCACCACUCUGGGCCUGACAGUAUCCGGAGGCAUCGACAAAGACGGCAAGCCCCGCGUCUCCAACCUGCGCCAGGGCGGCAUCGCUGCCAGGAGUGACCAGUUGAACGUAGGGGACUACAUAAAGUCUGUGAAUGGAAUCAACUUGACAAAGUUUCGUCAUGAUGAGAUCAUCAGUCUGCUGAAGAAUGUGGGGGAGCGGGUCGUCCUGGAGGUCGAGUACGAGCUACCGCCUGUCUCUGUACAGGGCUCAGGGGUCAUGUUCAAAAACGUGGAGGUGACGCUGCACAAAGAAGGCAAUACAUUUGGUUUCGUCAUCAGAGGAGGCGCCCAUGAAGACAGAAACAAAUCUCGCCCGGUUACCAUAACAACCAUCAGACCCGGUGGUCCCGCUGACAGGGAAGGUACCAUCAAACCCGGCGACAGGCUGCUCAGUAUUGACGGAAUUCGUCUGCAUGGAGCGUCUCACGCAGAGGCUAUGAGCAUCCUCAAACAAUGUGGCCAGGAAGCCACUCUUCUCAUAGAGUAUGAUGUGUCAGUCAUGGAUUCUGUAGCCACAGCUUCAGGCCCGCUGCUGGUGGAGGUGGCCAAGUCCAUGGGCUCCAGUUUAGGUCUGGCUCUCUCUACCUCCAUGUACUGCAAUAAGCAGGUCAUCAUCAUCGACAAGGUCAAACCAGCCAGCAUCGCCGAUAGGUGUGGUGCGCUGCAUGCAGGUGAUCACAUCCUGUCGGUGGACGGCACAAGUAUGGAGUAUUGCACACUGGCCGAGGCCACCCAGCUGCUAGCUAGCGCUUCAGAACACGUCAAAAUGGAGAUUCUGCCCCACCACCAGACAAGACUGGCUCUCAAGGGCCCUGAACAUGUCAAGGUGCAGAGGAGUAACCGGCCAUUGCCCUGGGAAUCCGGAACAAACAACAACAGCAACUUCCUUCCCUAUCAACACUAUAACACCUACCACCCCGACCAGUCCCGCAGCCAGACCAAGCAGAAAACCUCUCCAAACAACCCCUCUCUGGGUUCAUCCUUCUCUCCCACCUCCAUGAGUGCCUACAGUCUGAGCUCACUCAACAUGAACACGCUGCCACGCACCAUGUAUCCCACAAGUCCCCGCGGCACCAUGAUGAGACGCAAACUGAAGAAGAAAGACUACAAGAGCUCAAUGUCUCUGGCUUCCAGUACGGUAGGACUGGCCGGUCAGGUGGUCCACACAGAAACAACAGAGGUGACCCUCAUCAGCGACUCCAUCAUGGGCUUUGGGAUCCAGCUUCAGGGAGGAGUCUUUGCCACGGAAACCCUGUCCUCUCCGCCGCUCAUCGCUUACAUAGACCCAGACAGCCCGGCAGAGCGGUGCGGCAUCCUGCAGAUUGGCGACCGCAUCCUGUCAAUAAACGGCAUCCCCACUGAGGACAGCACGCUAGAGGAGACCAAUCAGCUGCUGAGGGACUCCAGCAUCACCAGCAAAGUCACACUGGAGAUUGAGUUUGACGUAGCAGAAUCGGUUAUCCCGAGCAGUGGAACCUUCCAUGUGAAGCUACCAAAGAAGCCAGGUGUGGAACUGGGCAUCACCAUCAGCUCUCCUUCCAGUAGGAAGCCCGGAGAUGCACUCAUCAUCUCUGACAUAAAAAAAGGCAGCGUGGCGCACAGGACGGGCACCCUGGAGCUGGGGGAUAAGCUUCUGGCAAUAGACAACAUCCGUCUAGAUAACUGCUCCAUGGAGGAUGCCGUUCAAAUCCUACAGCAGUGCGAAGACCUGGUUAAACUCAAGAUCCGCAAGGACGAGGACAACUCAGGUAUCCUACGUGAUGGCAGUGUUGAUAGGGACGCCCGUGUGCUGUUGGCCUGUGUUGCAGACGAGCAGGAGAGCUCUGGCGCCAUCAUUUACACAGUGGAGCUGAAACGCUACGGCGGGCCGCUGGGCAUCACUAUCUCGGGCACCGAGGAGCCCUUCGACCCCAUCAUCAUCUCUAGCCUCACUAAAGGUGGCCUGGCCGAGAGGACCGGUGCCAUCCACAUUGGUGAUCGCAUCCUGGCCAUUAACAGCAACAGUCUGAAGGGCAAACCUCUCAGUGAGGCCAUCCACCUGCUGCAGAUGGCAGGGGAGUCCGUCACACUGAAGAUCAAGAAGCAGGGAGAAUUGGCAAGCCCGAAGCAGCCCUCAGUAACGGGUUGUUUGAACGAUCUGAGCGAUAUGGAAGAUGAUGGUCAGAAACCCAGUAAACUCUCAGACAUCUAUUCCACCACCAUUCCCAGCGUGGACAGUGCAGUGGAAUCCUGGGAUGGCUCUGCCAUUGAUGCCACCUUCAGCACCCAAGCUCCCACAGGUUUCCAGGCAUCGGGCUACAAUUUCCACAGCCAUGAGUGGAGGAAUGCCAAGCCCAGCCGGGGCAGCCUCUCCCCGGGGAACAGCAGCCGGCAGAGGAACAACAUCCUGCCGGACUUUGGACUCGGUGUGGAUGAAUGGGACAGGCCAAGUGCUAGCGGGGCAUCCACGCUGCCCACCGGUUUAAUCUCAGACAGCAGGUUCACUGUGGGACAUGACGGGACUGAGCCUGACCAGGAAGAGAACUUCUGGUCCCAAGCGCUCGAAGACUUGGAGACGUGCGGCCAAUCCGGGAUCCUGCGAGAACUUGAGGCCACCAUUAUGUCGGGCAGCUCUUUGAGUCUAAACCACGAUCCUGCACCCACCCGAAGCCAUCUGGGCCGUCAGGCCAGCUUUCAGGAACGUGGCAGCAACAAACCACAAUACACACAGGCCAACCGCAGCAACACGCUGCCCACUGACGUCGGCAGAAAAGCUUUCGCCAUGAGGAGAAUGAAGCAGGAGAUUAAAGACAUUAUGUCACCCACUCCGGUUGAGCUUCAUAAGGUGAGUCUUGUGAAGAACUCGGACCUUGAGGACUUCGGGUUUAGCGUGUCUGAUGGAGUCUUGGAGAAGGGGGUUUAUGUAAACAAUAUCCGUCCAGCCGGCUCUGCUGAAAUUGGAGGCCUGAAGCCAUACGACAGACUUCUACAGAUAAACCACAUCCGGACUAGAGACUUUGACUGCUGCUUAGUGGUUCCUCUUAUAGCGGAGUCUGGGAACAACCUGGAUCUAGUCAUAAGCCGAAACCCAGUUUCAUCGCAGCCCUCAGAACUGAACCCGUUGUCCAAUGACGAGGCAGCAAACUGGACUGACCCCGCGGACCCUCUCGAACAGCCCGCCACAGGGCUGGAGCAGGGCCAGCACAACUCCACGUUAGUGGGACUAGAGGACAGAGACCCCAACAAGACUUUAUAGCAGAACUCCUCCCAGUUGCCUGCAGUGGAGCUCUCCUCCUCAUGGUGCUAAAGUGAACCCUCCUCUCCCUAAACGGCUCCCUCUAGUGGAGGAAAACAAGAGGGGCUUGUUGUCCUAUAGCACACACCCAGUCCCUAUCCCAGGCCAGAGCAUGAACCACCAUGACUAAGAGGUGACAAGCUGGGUGCGUUUUUACCCUGUGAAAAUGGCGACUAAGACCACACUGACCUCUUGGAAAACCAAAUUGUGGGGGGAAAAAACCUGAAACAGUGCCAUCCCUAAUUUUUAUUGCCAAUAAACAAGAAUAAUUUUAAAGAGGACUCAAAAAAAAAAGAAGCAAAAAUGCAUAAAAGCAACACUAUGACUUGUACUAACGAUAUCGGACUGGCCACUCUGUGAUCGUUUGUGUUUGUGUGAGUCUGAAUGAGUGUGCGCUUGUCCAGAGACUUUAUUUCGCAAGCUUCCACGAAGUCUGUCAAAGUCCCACGUUCGAAACACAACUGUCGAUUCUCAUAUUUUGUGAUACUGAAACACAAGUGUGUGUAUAGUGUAUGUUUGUGUAUUUCCUUCUAUCUGAUUCCAAGGUCAGAGUUGAUCCCUUUUCACGCUCGAUGAGAGGGAGGCUACAAAAAAAUAAUCAGCACAAUGAAUUCGGUAGCCAUUUUUCAAUUGUGACUGAAUGUGGGUUAUAACCUAAUGCAUGAGACCUUUUAUCGAACUAUUUUGUAGUACUUCUGUCCAAAAAACAAAAAAAAAAUGGAGCUUGGCUACAUGAAAAACACUGUGUUCCGGUUCUCUGACCGCUAUAUCACCGUAAAUAUGAAAUUCAGUGUCACUCAAAAGGAGAAGGUGGCACAAAGGCACCUUAUCUUGAAAUUGGACAGAUUGUCUAUUUUUAUGAAUAGAAGCAGAUGAUUUAUAAGGGAUGUGUGUGAUUUUGAGCGAUGGCUGGUUAGCAUGAGGUCGUUAUCGACCGUGUACCAGAGCAGAUUGAUGGCACGGAGAAGGUCAUUAGGUUCGGAAACUCUUUGUACUUUGUUAGCUAACCGCCGUAGGUCUGCGGUCUCCAGACUCUCGCCCCACAUUUUGAGGAAAUCCGUCAUUGGCCCAAAGGACAGAACAGCUUAUUAUUUAUUCCAACAUCAGUCUCCUAAAUGAAAACGACAGGCGUUCAAGUAGGUACUCGCAUAUUGUUUACUCCGCUGUCUGUGAUAAAUGAGGAUAUUACGACAAACAAAUUCAUCUCAUUUGCUUAAAUUUGCGGUAUCCACUUAUGACAAAAAUGCAAGCAUGGGGUUGAUAUCCAUGAGGGGGGGAAAAAAUCCUGAAAACACUUUUGUAUUCCUCCCCACAUUGUUUAAAUAAUUAUAAAUCAUCAUGGUAAUUUGUAUAUGGUACUGUUAUGGUUUUAUAUAUCUCAUCUGACAUUUUUUCCCCAGACUGUGUAAGCCCAAAGGGUACGCAAUCCGUUUGUAAAGAGGAAAAAAAAACAUGUCAAAUCAUGAGAGAAUGGAUUCGCCCUACUGUGUGGUAGACCACUAAACAUCACAUUUGUAGCUCUGCUUGAGAAAAAAAAUUGUUAGUAA